AUGAGGACAGUUCUACCAAGAAUUGUAUUUAUAUCCCUAUUCCUGUUAAUGACGAUGAAAGUCAAUUGUGAAAAUGAAAAAGAUGAUAUUGUAAAAGUGAAGCGACGAAGGAGAAGUGAUAUUGCACCAUUUCUUGGCUCGGGAGGCUCACAUCCAGACGAAAUGCUCAUUGACAGAUCAAAUUGGCAUUGUGGAAGUGAUAAUUUUAGCAGAAAUUUCACACAUUCCGAAAUCGCUAAAAAUUGUCCAUCACUAGCUGGUUCGUGUUUUUUCUUCCAUUUUUUUUUAUUUUUACGGUCAAUCGCGCUAAUUUGAUCAGCAUGGUUGUAAUUGAGACGAGAACAACCCGACCGUUUUUUUAACGAGCGCAAAUGAGCGUGAAAAACAUUUGAAUCGGAUGAGAAAAAGAAUGGUGUGAUUUUGAAAAUAUUUUAGUUUUAACUAAAAAAUCAAUGAACAGGUCAAACCCAUAAAAACAACAUUUGUAUUUAGUUUGAGAAAGAUAGUGAAAGUUACUUAAUGGUGACUCAUGUUUUUUCCUCUUCGAAAUGAAGACCUCAAUACAAUUUGUUUUUGUAGGCGCUGUGAAUCAUUGCUGCGCCAUUCACGAUGAUUGUUAUGGCCAACAAAAAGGACAAGAUUUUUGUGAUGAACAAUUUUGCGAGUGUAAUCGGGUAUGUUCUAAUCAAAAAUGUGGAGCCAAUGUGGAGAAAACGGAAUACAACAAAACAUUUUCAGGCAGCAACCCGGUUGCCAACAUCUCAAGCUGUAAAAUGUCGACAAACUCUUGGGGAAAGUUGUACGAUUCUUAAAUUACUUGGUUUUUGGGCGUAUGGCGAUUCAAAUUAUACCAACCCGGAAAAACACGCGAAUGUCAAACCCAUCUCGCCAAAAUCUGUGACAGAAAUCGAGGAAGAUUAUUUGUAUUUGUAUCAAGCUUGUCCUCAUAAUAACAGUAAGAAUUUGAAUUUUAAUCUAGAAUGUUAGAGUUUUAACUAAAUGGAAAAAUUAAGCUUGUUCUAUAAUUUCCUCAUUUUUCAAAAAAUAAUUCAAAAUUUUCAGUCACUCUCGCUUCUUGCUCCAUCAACUUUGAUGUAUGCACAGAUGUUCAUUCGAUCGAUUUUUGCGCAGCUGACGUAAGAGAUUCCCGUGUUUUUUCCACAAAACAUCUCAAAUAUUUUAGCUAUGUCAUUGUAUUUUGGAUUCAGCUCAAGAAAGCCCAUCAAUGUUUAGUAAAAAUUGCUCCAAAGAAACUACAAUCACUUGUAGAGCCAUCUUAAAUUGUGAGUUGUUAUUUAUAAUUUGAUUAUAUACAAAAAAUAUUAAUUUUCAGAUUCUAGUCAAAUAUUGGCGGCUAAAUCUGCCACCAAAAUAAAUGUGAUUAUUUGCACAGUGAUGUUCAUCGCAGCCGUUUUUAUGAUUCUAAUCGGUUGGUCUUUAUGGAAACGACAACAACAACGAAAAACUCAACAAGAAAAACAAGAACAUGGAAAAGUUAUGCAUACUGUUGAAUCUGCCAGAUCAGUCAAUCCACUUUUAGAUGACGAAACUGAUUAA